GUUUUCUUCAUCAGUGGAGUGUGAGAAAUAGAGACUGAAGAUGAGUGAGCUGGAACAGUUACGGCAGGAGGCAGAGCAGCUGCGAAAUCAAAUCAGAGAUGCAAGGAAAGCAUGUAGUGACACAACUCUUGCUCAGAUCACAACAAGUCUGGACUCAGUGGGUCGAAUCCAAAUGCGAACAAGGCGUACGCUUAGAGGUCACUUAGCCAAAAUCUAUGCUAUGCACUGGGGAUCUGACUCAAGGCUACUAGUCAGUGCUUCUCAAGAUGGAAAAUUAAUUAUCUGGGAUAGUUAUACAACAAAUAAGAUGCACGCCAUUCCUCUGCGAUCCUCCUGGGUGAUGACUUGCGCCUACGCACCGUCUGGAAACUACGUUGCCUGCGGUGGAUUGGACAACAUCUGUUCCAUCUACAACUUAAAAACCAGAGAGGGCAACGUGAGAGUGAGCCGAGAGCUGCCGGGGCAUACAGGAUACUUGUCCUGUUGUCGCUUUCUAGAUGACAACCAAAUUGUCACCAGCUCAGGAGACACCACUUGCGCUUUGUGGGAUAUUGAAACUGGUCAACAGACCACCACAUUCACUGGGCACACUGGCGAUGUGAUGAGUCUCUCUCUAAGUCCAGAUAUGAGGACUUUUGUUUCGGGUGCCUGUGAUGCCUCCUCGAAGCUUUGGGAUAUUCGAGAUGGAAUGUGCAGGCAGUCGUUCACAGGGCAUGUGUCAGAUAUUAAUGCAGUUUGUUUUUUCCCUAACGGACAUGCAUUUGCCACUGGAUCUGAUGAUGCCACUUGCCGACUCUUCGACCUACGUGCAGAUCAGGAAUUAAUGAUGUAUUCGCACGACAACAUCAUCUGCGGGAUCACUUCUGUAGCCUUCUCCAAAAGCGGUCGCCUCUUGCUAGCAGGUUACGAUGACUUCAACUGCAACGUGUGGGAUACUCUGAAAGGGGAGAGAGCAGGUGUCCUUGCUGGCCAUGACAACCGUGUCAGCUGUUUAGGUGUCACUGAUGACGGCAUGGCUGUAGCUACAGGGUCUUGGGACAGUUUUCUCAGAAUCUGGAAUUAACUGGGAGCCAAACAUGUACAUUCUCCAUUUGAGAUCUGGAGAGAUCAAUGCUGCAGCCUAUAGCUGUGAAAUAACAUUUCUACCUUGUAUUUGCAGGUGAAGUUUUUCUAUUCACUGAUUAUUACACAAAAAGGCUUUCUGUAAACUAGAAAAAAAAUCAAGUGAAGAAACAGGGGAGGGGGGAAGAAAUCACUGACUUUUUAAAAGGGGCCAGCACACAUAAUCAUGGUGACCGACAAACUAAGAGCCAGUCUUUUUGUUUUUGGUGGUUUGGUUCGAUUGUCCUUGAAGGGUUUUUGCUUGUGCUCAGUCUGCUAAAUCCUGUACUUUUUUUUGUACAUAACAGAAAUAUACACAUUAUAGCAGCCAAUCAUGUAACAUUUGUCUGUAUGUAAAGAAAUAUGUUUGCAUUUUUUAAGGAACUACAUUUAUAGCUUUGCUUUUAACCCGAGAUGUCACUUCUGAGUUUUGUAGUGGAUGAACUAGAUUGCUGUUUUAAACGUUUUGUGAAUUUACUGUAGAUAAAGUGAAGCCAAUGGUAUGUAUGUGUUUUUAUAAUGGAAGGCAUUUGAAUUUAUUUUUUUGUUUUAAAGGCCCUGGAGACUCCCAGUUAAUACCUACCGCCUUACUCGCUCACUUCUUGACCUGCUUGCCUAUUUUUAAUCGUGGGGGUUCUUCCUUCAAGCCAGUGGUUCCUGGUUCAUCCAUUGGCAGUCACGGCCUCCAAAUACCAAGGAGUUAAUGCCAGGCAGAUUUGCAACAGCAGCAAAAAUAAUUAAAAAAAAAAAAAAA